AUGAAAAAAAGCUUAGUAAUUGAUAAAAGAGUAAUAAUAAUUUCAAAUCUCUUUUCAUUAAUUUUUCCAACUUUAUCAAUUUUUGUUAAUGGUCACAUUUUAUUUGGAUUAAAUAAUAAUAAUCAAUUACUACCACGACAAAUGCAACCAAUUGGUGGAUUGAAUUGUUUGAAUGGCUUGAAUGGACUGAAUUGUAUGAAUGAUCUUGUGAAUGGAAUGAAUGGCAUGGUUGGUAUGAAUGGUGGAAUGAAUGGAAAUAAUGGAAAUAAUGGGAAUGCACCAGCGGCAACGACGCCUCAACAACCACAACCAGACACUGAUGGCGAUGAUGGCGACGGUGAUAAUGGCGACGGUGAUAAUGGCGACGGUGGUAAUGGCGACGGUGGUAAUGGCGAUGGUGAUAAUAAACAAAGAAAAAGAAGUUCGAUUGUAGUAGUAGAAAAAAGGGUGCAUCGAGAAGACAAAGAUCAUGAUAAACAUAAUGAUGACUAUCAUAAUGACAACAACGACGAUUGUAAAAAAGAUGGUGAUGAUUACCUUAAACAUAAAGAACAUGAUGAAAGCUCAGAUUCUUCAAAAAAUGGAGUUAAUUUGGAGCUAGAAUAG